UCCGCAGCGAAAACUGGAGCAACGAAGCCCCGAGAAGAGAUCAGGGACGUGAUCAACUUCUUCCACAGACGUAUAGAAACGCACAGCAAUUUUACAAUAAGAAUGCCCAGCACUCGCUCCGGGGGCCGUGCUCAGCCUCAGCUCCAGUUUCCUCGUCGUAAAUCCUGCCGCACUUCCACUCGCUCAAAGAAGACAAACCUGGACAAAUGUCCUGCUCCGUCUCCAGUGAAAUACCUGCCCAAAGAUGAGAAUGUCCCACUGUCUCCACAGCAGCCUGAGGCCAAACCUGUUCUCCUCUCCCCAAGACGACCGGUUGAGCUUCGCUUGUCUCCACGUCGACCAGUUUCCCUAACGCCUCUGUCUCCACGGAGAUCGGUUCCAGUAAAACUUUCGCCUUCGUCUCCCAGUCUACAGCCCAGGAUCCCAUUGAGCCCCAGGAAACGCACAGGAGAUGAAAACGGUUGUAACCUGUCGACACCGGGCUCUCCUCCGAAACAGAGCAGACCUUCCCCUCUGUCCUCUCCACGCCGUCUGGCUUUUACAGAAAACUCGGAGAAUUCGCCUUCUCUCGCACGACGUCAGCUGAUUGUGUCUCCACGGAAAUCACCGACCAGCCCAGUUCCCAAGACAUCGCCACGGAGGCAGGAAACGCCCACAGGAAGUCCACAAAACUCCAAAAUUGGGUCUGAUAAGAAACCACCGGUGGUGCGGCUAUUUGCUGACAAGGCUAGAUUCCUGAGUGUGAAACAGGCUCUCCACACUGCAGUCCCCGAACGUCUAUUGUCCCGCGAAACCGAACGCACUGCCAUCCGACAGUUUUUGGAGGAAAAUGUUUUACAGAAGAAACCUAGAAGUCUUUACAUCUCUGGAGCACCGGGAACAGGGAAAACUGCCUGUCUCAACUGUGUACUACACGAGAUGAAAUCGCAGUUGUCCUCGGUGCAGACAGUGGUGAUAAACUGUAUGACACUACGCAGUUCACACUCGAUAUUUUCACUUCUGUCUGAGAAACUGAAGUCCUCCGGAGGUCAGAGUGGAGUACAGAGAUUCCUCACUUCUCCUGGACGUGCUGUGUUGUUGGUGUUGGAUGAGAUGGAUCAGCUGGACAGUAAAGCUCAGGACGUACUUUACACAAUAUUUGAAUGGCCUCAUCUCCCCAAGUCCCGUCUCUGCCUCAUUGGUAUUGCCAAUGCUCUGGACCUCACAGACCGGAUCCUUCCUCGUCUCCAGGCUCGCCCUGAGUGUCGUCCCCUGCUGUUGAACUUCCCACCCUACAGCCGCCAGGAGCUUACAGCCAUUGUACAAGACAGACUGACCCAGGCGUCUGCUGAGAGCCUCCUCGAUGCUUCAGCUGUUCAGUUUUGUGCUCGUAAAGUCUCUGCGGUUUCUGGAGAUGCCCGAAAGGCUCUGGACAUCUGCAGGAGGGCCGUGGAGAUGGUAGAGUCAGACGAGAGGAAGCGGGCGACCGAGGCAACGGCAGAAGCAAAAGCGUCCCGUGUGAGUGUCCCUCAGGUGGCCCGGGUCUUGUCUGAAGUCUAUGGAGACCGAAUGGCAGCUCAGACUGAAGGAGAGACGUUCCCUCUUCAACAGAAGCUUUUAGUCUGCUGCCUCCUGCUGGUCAUUAGGAACGGGAAGAGCAAAGAGAUCCCCCUGGGCAAGCUCCAUGAGGUGUACAGUCGGCUGUGUGCCCAGAGACAAGUGGGGGCAGUGGGGCAGAGCGAGUGUUUGUCCCUGUGCAGUCUGCUGGAGAGUCGAGGGAUCUUUGCUCUGAAGAAGGCCAAGGAGGCGAGGCUCACCAAGAUUUUCCUGAAGAUUGAAGAAAAAGACGUGGAGAACGCUCUCAAGGACCGCACUCUUGUCGGGAGCAUUUUAGCCAAUGGACUCCCGUGAAAUAUUUUUUAAAUUGUAUUUUGAAAAUCUGCUUAUUGUGUUGAGCUUUUUUAACAUUUUUAUCAAUCUCAUUUUUGCUGAGAAUCUGUACUGUUUAUUUUUAUGAAUUUUUAUUUUUGUCUUUUUAUUUUGCUCUCAUUUUAAACAUGUAACAUUUUUACUGUAAAUAAAUGUACAGAUGUUUUGAAAGUUACAUUUUUUCUGUAAUGUUGUUUAUUUAAAACGCUGGAUAAUUUCUAUAUUUAGGUGAGGACUAGAGCUGCAUCCUCAUCCCUAGUGUUGGUUUUAUUGGAUAAAUGUUUUUUAUUUGAUCUAUCUAAUAUUUGACAUUAAUAAUUUCAUGCAUCUGAUUUGACUCAUGAGUAAAAAUGGAAGAAAUCUAGCUAAAGAUGUUUACCAAUAUGUGAGUCUAAGGAAUAAAGUAUUGGAGAAAUGUGUAUUUUAGAUACUGAGCUAAAAUGGGCAUGAUUGUAUAUAAAUAUGGCUGUUUGUAGUGGGAAAAAAAUCACAUGGGAUUGAAAAACAUUGCCUCUCUCAUUGUUUCUGCAUAAACCCACACUCAACUGUUAAUCUGAGAUGAGAGAAAUGUCAUUUUGUUUCUAAAUGAUGGAUGACCAAUAAUUAAACAAAUCUGAAUGGGC